AUGUGGUGUGUAUUCUUCUUCCUCUCACUAAUUGUCUGCUCGUUCGCUACGAAUGAGGAUAAUCUCUCCGAGGAAUUUUGCCGUCAAUUCCCUUCCCUACACCUUUGUCGCCUACAUGAUACUCUACAGGGAUCACUUGUAGAAUUACAGUACCUUCUUCAAGACAACAACGUUGAAAAUGCUGUUCCUGUUAACCCCAUGGAGAAACGCAAGUCCGCUUUCGUCCGCUUCGGAAAAAGAGCGGCCAACGAUGCAGCGGAAAUUGAAAAAAGAAAGUCAGCAUUUGUUCGAUUCGGUCGUUCCGUUCCCGUUGAUGUACCUGAGAAGAGAAAGAGCCAAUACAUCCGAUUCGGCAGAAAGUAG